AUGUCUAAGAUCAAGUGCUUCUCUUUCUUCUCCAGCUCCGAGGCUGAGAAUGGUGUGGAGGACAGAAAAAAAGUGUGCAGGUCCCCAACAGUCCCGUCACCUGCCCCAUCCACGGAAGCUGAAUCUCCAGACCAGAAAAAGAGCAUCUGCCUGCGGUCAAAAUCCAGUUUUGAGGGUGCGACUGUGUCAGGUGACAAGAACGAAUGCAAAACAGAAAACAAAAAUGUCCCUAAGACUGAAAGGAAAAAAUCUUUAUCUUCCAGCCAGUACAAGGCAAACAUGCACUUUCACAAGUUGUUCCUUGAAGUCCCAACCGAGGAGCCUCUGAGACAAAGUUUUACAUGUGCUCUACAGAAAGAAAUACUGUACCAAGGAAAGCUCUUUGUAUCAGAGAACUGGAUUUGUUUUCAUUCCAAGGUCUUUGGAAAAGACACUAAGAUCACUAUUCCAGCUUUCUCAGUAACCCUAAUAAAGAAAACCAAAACUGCUCUUCUGGUGCCAAAUGCUCUGAUCAUAACAACCGUCACAGACAGGGUAAGUACUCCAAGAGCAAGACUACCUCUCCCUCUGGCCUGCUCUGGACUCCUUUGCCUUAUAAACCUUCUGCUGACAGUCGCUAGGACCCUGCGCUGUAAAUAUUAUCAUCUGUUCUGCUCCUUUUCUGUUUUUAACCCAACAGGUCAGUCAGAAACAAUUGGAAUCUUACCUAAAUGUCCAGCCGUUCAACAUAUUCUUAUAUUCUAUGCAAUUGUUGUGUGUGCACUUAUCAUCUCCACUUUCUACAUGAGAUACAGAAUUAACACUCUGGAGGAGCAGCUGGGGUCCCUGACAACGACUGUGGACACUCACAGUACUGAACAGACUGUCUCGUCGGGCCUGGGGUCUGAAGUACAGUUAAACGUGGAGGUCCUCUGCCAAGAGCUCACAGCCAACAUAGUGAAACUAGAAAAGAUUCAAAACAACUUACAAAAGCUGCUAGAGAAUGGUGACUGACCAACCAGACCCGCUGGAGCCAACGUAAUACCUCAGUUUCCCCUGAAGAAGGUGCUCGCGAGGGGUUCUUAUUGAGCGCCCCCUGCUGGUCGGAGGCACGAGCGGAUGAGAAUCAGCUUGUUUGUGUUUGCCCUUGAAGAGCUCCAGUUCAGGAAAAGGGAGAAGGGGAAUCGUUUGCUUCUUGUGCAAUAAAAGUUGAUCUUGUCUCUCUGAGAAAGUGUUUGCUGCUCCUGUUGCUGCUGCUGCGUAAGAAAACAGACCCAUCUCGGGCCAGGACGGGCCAGGAGGACACUGUGGAAUGCCUGUAGUUCCAGAUUAUCUUGACUGCCAGUGAACACUCCACUUCAUGCCUUUUUAACCCUUCCUCUUCUCCUCUCUCCCUCCAUCUCUAAGUCACCAGCCUUCAGACUAAGGGAUACAUGGUGACCCACAAGGCCCAUGUGGUCCUUUACAAAUUAGCCAUGAGUCUCCAGAAAUGCAAUGAACGUCUAACUAGACAUGCUUGCUUCAAACAGAACUGACAUUUCUCUUUUUCUCUCUCUUUCUCAUUCUUUUGUUGUUAUGUUCUGAUGUAAAUCAUAUCUGUAUCAUAAUUUCUCAAUGCAGUUUUAGUAAGAAUGUUAAAUAGAGUGGAUUAAACUA